UGGGAGCGCACCGAAAUGGCGGCGGCGGCGGCGCGGGCGGGGCGGGGCGGGCGGGAAGCGGCGGUCCCGGCCCCGCCGCCCCCAUUGGCUGGAUUUUGCUGCAGACCCGCGGCCGGCGGGGCCCGGCUCCCCCAGCGGCACCGAGCGCCGCGGCGGCGGGGCCGGGAAGCCGGGCCGUGCGCGGCGGGAAGGAGGGGGUGUCCGUCCCCGCUCCCGGCGAUUUGCUCCCGCGGCGGCCGGGGAAGCCGGGGCCGGCGCCGCGCCGCCCGCCCCCGUCCCUGCCCGCAGGGGGAAGGGCGCGGGGAAGAGCCCGCCCUUGCCCUGCCCCGCCGCAGUCCUCAACCAGGUCGGGCCGCCGGCAAUAUAGAGAGGCGCUGGCGCCCAUUCCCGCCACACGCUGCCUGGGUGGAGCGCGGUGAGAGCAUGUCCGGCAGAGGCAAGGGCGGGAAGGGGCUCGGCAAGGGGGGCGCCAAGCGGCAUCGCAAGGUGCUGCGCGACAACAUCCAGGGCAUCACCAAGCCGGCCAUCCGCCGCCUGGCUCGGCGCGGCGGCGUGAAGCGCAUCUCGGGGCUCAUCUACGAGGAGACGCGUGGCGUGCUGAAGGUCUUCCUGGAGAACGUGAUCCGCGACGCCGUCACCUACACCGAGCACGCCAAGAGGAAGACGGUCACGGCCAUGGACGUGGUCUACGCCCUCAAGCGCCAGGGACCUUUCAAAAGAAGAGCUUUGAUCGCUGUUCGUGUGCGUUUGGGGCGGGUAAUGGCGCGCACGAAGCAGACGGCGCGUAAGUCGACGGGCGGGAAGGCGCCCCGCAAGCAGCUGGCCACCAAGGCGGCCCGCAAGAGCGCGCCGGCCACGGGCGGCGUGAAGAAGCCGCACCGCUACCGGCCCGGCACGGUGGCGCUGCGCGAGAUCCGGCGCUACCAGAAGUCGACGGAGCUGCUGAUCCGCAAGCUGCCCUUCCAGCGCCUGGUGCGGGAGAUCGCGCAGGACUUCAAGACCGACCUGCGCUUCCAGAGCUCGGCCGUGAUGGCGCUGCAGGAGGCGAGCGAGGCGUACCUGGUGGGGCUCUUCGAGGACACCAACCUCUGCGCCAUCCACGCCAAGCGCGUCACCAUCAUGCCCAAGGACAUCCAGCUGGCCCGCCGCAUCCGUGGCGAGCGCGCCUGAGGCUCCUGCCUUGCCACCACCAAACCC